AAAUAAAUAAAUAAAUAAAUAAAUAAAUAAAUAAAUAAAUAAAUAAAUAAAUAAAUAAAUAAAUAAAUAAAUAAAUAAAUAAAUAAAUAAAUAAAUAAAUAAAUAAAUAAAUAAAUAAAUAAAUAAAUAAAUAAAUAAAUAGUCAUGGCAUCAUCAUAACUGCAGUGGGGUAAAACGAGACAGCUGAAAUCAGGGGAGGAUCUAUGUUAGGGCUAUGGUGGGCUGAAGCCCAGGGCAAAGUAAAAAAAAUUAAAUUUUUUUAAGGUAUUUUUUUAAAAUUUUCCAUCCAGCCUACCCCAAAUUUUCUAUAGCCCAAUCCAAUUUUCAGCUUAGCCCGUAAAAAAAAAUCUUACCAUCUAAUCUAAAUGUUAUACGCAUCAUGGCCGGCCCGGCCCAGGGGAGGGCACUUAGUGCAAUUGUAGGAAUUAGUGAUCUACAAAGUGUUCAAAGAAUAGAAGUUGAACGUAUGUUGGCAAUAAGAGAGCGUGUAUCUGGAAGUGGAGCCAAUCAAAUUGGUAAUUUACAAAGUGUUGGAGCAACGCGUUGGAGUUCCCAUUAUGAUUCAAUUAAAAACCUGAUUGACAUGUUACAACAACUUGCAAAGUGUUUGAGUAUCUUCAAGAAUAUUGCCCAAAAAGCGAGUUCUCAGGUAGAAGUUCAUGGUGUAUAUAGACACUUUGCAUGUUUGGAUUUUGGGUCCUGUUUACUUUUAAUGCACAAAGUUAUAGGAAUAACGAGUAUUCUCUGUCAAGGGAUUCAAAAAAAUCAUUGGAUAUCUUGAUAGCUAUAAGACAUUUUCUACUACACAACUCAUUCUCGGGGAAUUGAGAGAAAAUGGAUGGAAAGACUUUCUUGAAGAAGUAAAAGAGUUUUGCUCCAAACACAAAAUUCAUGUACCAGAGCUGAAUUCUAAAUAUAUGGUUGGUCGUUGCUGAAAAUAAACUACAGUUGAGCAUCACUAUCACUUUGAUGUUUUCAACGAGGCAAUAGACUUUGUAUUGAUGGAGUUAAGGACCCAGUUUAAUGAUAAAUCAUUAGAACUCCUUUUUUGAGUGCUUCAUUGGAUCUAAAAAAAAUUCGAAUGAGUCAUUCAACGUCGAUGCUAAUUGUACUCUUGCAAGGAAUUGAAGCUCUAUCUCGAAAAUUUUAGUAGUGAGGAUAUUCUUGCUUUGGAAUUCGAGCUGCAACACUAUGUUCAUGAUGUGAUUCCUGAUACAAAGUUUCGAAUAUCUACACUUGUUGAAUAAUGUGAGGAGUUGACUAAGAGUAGAAGAUCUGAUUCAUAUGUUAUGAUGAGCAGAUUGAUUCGCUUUGUUUCUACUGCAAAGCAUAACGAUCAUUUUCUGCCAUGAAACUUCUAAAAACAACACUCCGCGACAAAAUGACAGAUGACUUUCUUGGACACUUUAUAUUGUAUAGAUGUAGACUCUAUUGUUGUUGAGUUUUGUUUCAAAGCCUACUCGGGGACAAUUUUAGUGAGAACUCUUAUAUUUGAUUUUUUGUUUAUUUUGAAAAUUGUCAAUGUAUUAUCAUUUUAGUGUUUCAGCCCACCCCUACAUGAAAUCCUGGAUCCGCCCCUGGCUGAAAUAUAGGGUCAUUUUUCCAUUUGUGCCUGUUAUCCUUGCGCAGGGCCAUGCAAAUCUCUCUGUAUCGUUCUAAUUUUAUCGGUUUUCCCCGAAGUAUAUUAGUCAUUAUUAACCCGACAAAUUAAAGACAGUUUGCGACCUAUAUUUGUGUUUUGCGGGAAAUAUAAUUAACUUUUUCAUAUCAUUUGCAUCAAUCUCCAAAAAACAACGAUGUUGAGAGCGAUGAUGGCACAUUCUUCUAAGCUAAUUGCUUCUGUAAUGCUUAUAUUUAUGCUAAUUUCUUCCUCGGAAGUAUCAGCAGAGAUGGGUCCAAUAAAAAUGGGAGAAGCCAAGAAAUGCUUUGGCAAAUUUGGAGGAUGUUGGGGUGAAGCUGCAUGUGCUGCUGCCUGCGAAACUCAGGGAUAUGCAAGUGGCAAAUGUACUGGCUUCUCCAGAAAAUGUUGCUGCGAGUAAAGAUAUACUCCCUCCGUAACAUAUAUAUGUUCCCAUUUGAAAAGUAGGUAGAUUAAGAAUAGUGAAAGAGGAUAUAAAUUAUUGAGGGUAUGAUGGGAAGAUAAUGAAAUAAUGUGAUGGAAUAAAGGAUAAAUCCAAAAAAAGUAGGUGUAAUAGUGUAUUAUUUUUAAAAUUAUUGAUGGUAUGAUGGGAAAAUUUAGAAAUGGGAAGAUAUGAAUGUUACAUCCAAAAAAGAAAAGUGGGAAGAUAUGAAUGUUACGGAGGAAGUAUAGAAGAGCACUAAGACCAUUUGGAGAGGUGUGGAGUCCAAAAUGUCAAAAUGGACUUGGUACAAAUGAAAACAUUAUUUUGACUCAUAUUUCUUACAUCCCAG